UGUAACUUUUCAACCAGUCAGAAACUUAGAGAUACAAAAUUCUUGACUGAUCCUGUUGAGUGUGUCAAAGAUAUUCCAGAUGGAGCGACUAUUCUAGUCGGAGGUUUUGGUUUGUGUGGUAUCCCGGAGCACCUGAUUGGUGCAAUGCUGACCACAGGGGUCAAAGGGUUAACAGCUGUCAGUAACAAUGCUGGCGUGGACGACUUUGGCCUUGGGUUAUUGCUGCAGAAACGACAGAUUAAGCGUAUGAUAUCAUCCUAUGUGGGGGAAAAUGCUGAAUUUGAACGACAGUAUCUGCAUGGGGAGUUGGAAGUGGAGCUCACUCCGCAGGGGACGUUAGCAGAAAGAAUCCGAGCGGGUGGAGCAGGUAUUCCAGGCUUUUACACGGCAACAGCUUAUGGUACUUUGAUCCACUUAGGCGGCUCCCCAAUCAAAUACAAUACUGAGGGUGAAGUGGAGAUCGCCAGUGACCCCAGAGAGGAUCGCAUGUUCAAUGGGCGAAACUAUAUUAUGGAGGAGGCGAUCACAGGUGACUUUGCACUGGUCAAAGCUUGGAAGGCAGACAAGGCCGGCAAUCUAAUAUUCAGGAAAACAGCAGCAAAUUUUAACCCUCCAAUGUGUAAAGCUGGAAGGAUCACAGUCGCAGAGGUCGAGGAAAUUGUAGAAGUUGGUGAAAUAGCUCCAGAAGAUGUCCACGUUCCUGGUAUUUACGUGCAGCGAGUUAUUAAGUGUGAUAAAUAUGAGAAACGCAUCGAACGUUUAGUUAAUCGCUCACCAGAUGGCAAUUCGGCGACACAUGACACGUCACCGGGGGCCAUGAUGAGGGAGAGGAUUAUCAAACGUGCAGCUCUUGAGUUCAAGGAUGGCAUGUAUGCCAACCUUGGUAUUGGUAUGCCCAUGUUAGCCAGCAGUUACAUCAAACCAGGGACAGUCGUCCAUUUACAAAGUGAGAACGGUCUCCUAGGGUUGGGGCCAUAUCCCCUCAAGGGUGAGGAGGACCCUGACCUUAUCAACGCCGGCAAGCAGACAGUAACAUCCCUUCCUGGUUGCUCAUAUUUCUCAAGUGAUGACUCUUUUGCCAUGAUCCGAGGUGGUCAUGUUGAUCUCACCAUUCUUGGCUCCCUCCAAGUGUCCCAAUAUGGCGAUAUAGCAAACUGGAUGAUUCCCGGCAAGAUGGUGAAGGGAAUGGGAGGAGCUAUGGAUCUUGUUGGAAGUGCUGGCACGAAAGUUGUGGUCACAAUGGAGCAUACUGCACGAGGGAAACAUAAGAUUUUGAAUAGCUGUUCCUUGCCUCUGACUGGAAAGAAUUGUGUGGAUAUGAUAAUCACAGAAUUAGGUGUUUUCAAUGUCGAUCGCGAGAAAGGUCUUACACUGGUGGAGAUUGCAGAUGGUGUUGAUGUACAGCAGAUUAUCGAGGCGACGGAAUGUGAAUUUGAGGUUUCCCCCGACCUCAAACCAAUGGGAUCUGCAUAACUCCAGGGAAUCAGUCCUUGUUUGUACAAUAUGAUAACUGAUAAAAUCAGAUGAGUAUCGUAUCACAGUGAAGCAAUUGUGCUAGGACAGUAUCACAGCUACACUUACUCUGGAGCUUUUAAAGUUCAAAAUACAUUUGAAAUGGACUUCCAAUUGUAGUCUCCUGUUCAGGGAUAUUUGGAGAUCUAACUGUACAUGGACAUUAAAUUCAAUAUCAAACCGUGAGGAGGUGAAAGGACUCGAACUCGUGAAUCUUCUAAAAUCAUGUGUUCUUAAAUAUAGUGUGUAAAAACUGUACAUACAUUCAUGUGAUAGAGUAGAUUUGUAUACAUUGUACAUGUAUAUUCAAGUGUCUUCAGCAAACAAUAUGAAAUGGGAACAUUCGUUUUAAUUCUCCUUUCAGGACUUUGAGUUCACAAUGUACAUCACAAUCAGUACUUGAUUUUGAUUAUGCAUGUGCAUGAAUGAGAACAAACGACAAAUCAUUCAUGGGUGUGCGUAACUGGAUACAUUAUCUGGAAAGUACAUGUACAUGUAAGUCUCAACUUCUGCUGAUUAAAGCGCCGUUACACUGUCCUCUAAGGAGGGUAGAAAGCUGCAAUCGCACUCUGAACCAAACAAUGGGUGAUAUGAGUAAAGACUAGCAAAUGCUUUUAUCUAAAACUCCAUGUACAUUUACGCAAGGCCUUUCUGUACAAAAUUGAAGUAAAAGCAUUUGCUAGACUUUAUUCAUAUCAGCCAAUGUUCAUUAGUGCUGACUCUGCACUCCACCUACAUGUAUUCCCUGAAUUGUACGAGGCUAAAUUUCUGAAUUUUAUAUUUUGUUUAUGGGUGGAAUUGUUUGUUGUUUGAGUGAUGAUAACAUUACUUACAUGUGGUAGCAAGAUUUGGCCAGGGCCUUUCUUUCCUUUGUGUUGAGUGAUGA